GUGCGCAAUCUGUGCAAAAACGCACAGACACACAAAACACAUCGCUCUCAAAAGACCAUCAUCAUUAACAACAACAACCACCACCACCAAACAAACCACCGCCACCACCACCACGAUAGCAGCAGCAGCAGAUAGUGGGAAGUUCCUUGGGAGCUGAGAAAGGAAGGAGGUAUCUUACACGAUACACACACACACACACAGAGACAGAGAGAGAGGGAGAGAUCUUCUCCCAAAGCUAUCUUCCUCUUGUUGACGUUGAUCGACCAUCACCACCACCACCACCACCACCACCAGGACAUCCCAAACCAAACCAACCCAUCAGCCAAACAUCAACAGGACACCACCACCAAAAAUAAAUAGUAGCCAUGUCCGAGGUCUUGCCUUACGGUGAUGAGAAAAUUGCGCAUUAUGGCGAUGCCGACGACGUCGGAAAACUCUCCUUUACUUGUCGGCUGCAAGACACCAACAACUUUUUCGGGUCCAACCAAAGCAAACGACCCCCUAAACUCGGGCAGAUCGGAAGGAGCAAACGGGUUGUCAUCGAGGAUGAAAGAAUCGAUGAAAUGCUGAACUCGACAGCAGAAAAAUCCCCUCAAGGCGUUUAAAUAACACACACAACAACAACAACAACAACAACAACAAAACAGCAAAAAGCCGGGACACUGUGUUGGAGAGAGACGAUUAUAAAACGAGAAACCCCUUUUCUUUCCCUCCCCCCACCC